AUGUCUGAGCCUCCUGCCAAAAGAUCCAAGAUGGAGUCCAACACCGCCCCCGAAACCAACCCCUACCUCGCCCACCGUCAAGAGUACCAGAACGGCAAUGGACUGAGCAACGGUGCUUCUGGUGUGACUGGAUCUGUGGACAGGAAGGAACACCCUCUGAAUGGAAUGGUUCCCAGAAAGGUCACUGUUGACCAAGCCAAGAAGAUCAUGGACGGUGAAGUGAACCCCUUCAAGAACCUUUCCGCUUGGUCCAGCAACUACAAGAAGAUUCUUGAGCAGCGAAAGGGCCUUCCGGUGUACCAAAAAAUGCAGGAAUUCCUGUCGGUCUUCAACGAGAACCAGAUCGUGGUCAUGGAAGGUCAGACUGGUUCUGGAAAGACCACCCAAAUUCCCCAAUUUGUGUGCUACUCCGACUUGCCAAUGUUGAGGGGCAAGAUGGUGGCUUGUACACAACCGAGACGUGUGGCUGCUAUGAGUGUGGCGAAGCGUGUGGCCGAUGAAAUGGACGCAGUGCAACUCGGAAAGCAAGUCGGUUACUCUAUCCGAUUCGAAGACAUGACAGAACAAGGUACCACCUUCCUCAAGUACAUGACAGAUGGUAUGCUCUUGCGAGAAGCCAUGAACGACCCCCUACUUGAACGAUACUCGACUGUUAUCCUGGAUGAGGCGCACGAAAGGACUUUGGCUACGGAUAUCUUGAUGGGUCUUCUCAAAGACAUUGCCAAAAGACGCCCCGACCUCAAGAUCAUUGUCAUGUCUGCCACUCUCGAUGUUGCCAAAUUCCAAAAAUACUUUGGUGACACCAACCCCACCGGUCUCGCCCCCGUCGUCAAAGUCUCUGGUCGAACUUUCCCCGUCGAAACAUUCUUCACUCAAGAACCCGAGAAUGACUAUGUCGAAGCGGCUAUCCGUACGGUCCUGUUUAUACACCAAGCAGAAGACGAAGGAGAUGUGUUGCUGUUCUUGACUGGUGAAGAAGAGAUUGAAGACGCGUGUAGAAAGAUUAGAGCAGAGGGCGAGGAGCUCGCAAACAAGGGAAUGGCGGGUCCCAUCCUCGCCGUACCCCUGUACUCAUCCCUCCCUCCCCAUCAACAACAACGUAUCUUUGACAAUGCCCCUCCCGCCGGCAAAGACGGCCUCCCAGGACGGAAGGUCGUCAUCUCCACCAACAUUGCCGAAACUUCCCUUACCAUCGACGGUAUCGUGUACGUCGUUGACCCUGGGUUCUGUAAGCAAAAGGUGUACAACCCCCGAGUCCGACUCGAGUCGCUGUUGGUCACCCCCAUUUCCAAGGCUUCGGCGAUGCAGCGUGCCGGUCGUGCGGGCCGAACGAGGCCUGGAAAGUGUUUCAGGCUGUAUACAGAGAGGGACUUUGUGAAGGAGUUGGAGGAGCAGACGCACCCGGAGAUUUUGAGGAGCAACUUGUCGAAUACGGUGCUCGAGUUGAUCAAGUUGGGUAUCAAGGAUCUCGUCCACUUUGACUACAUGGAUGCGCCCGCGCCCGAAACCAUCAUGCGUGCCCUCGAAUUACUCCACUACCUCGCUGCGCUCGACGACGAAGGCAACCUCACCCCCUUGGGCGCCAUCAUGGCUGAAUUCCCUCUGGACCCCCAGCUCGCCAAGAUGCUCAUCGUCUCUCCCGAAUUCGGCUGUUCCAACGAAGUCCUCUCCCUCACCGCUAUGCUCUCCGUCCCCAACGUCUUCAUGCGCCCCGCAUCGCAGAGGAAGGAGGCCGAUCUGGCCAAGGCGCAGUUCAGCCACCCGGACGGUGACCAUCUGACAUUGUUGAAUGUGUACCAUGCGUACAAGUCGAAUGAGGAUGAUGCCAAGAACUGGUGUUGGCAAAAUUACCUGAACCAGCGUUCGCUCGCCCAAGCCGACAAUGUCCGUACACAGCUGAAGCGCGCGAUGGAAAAGUUUGACUUGGAGCUUUGCUCAACGGCUUGGGAGGACAGGAAUUAUUGGAACAACAUCCGACAAGCGUUGACCUGCGGGUUCUUCAUGCAAGUUGCGCACAAGGAAGGUGAGAAGGGGAGCUAUAUGACUGUCAAGGACAACCAGGUUGUGCGGUUACAUCUUUCUUGUGGAAUGGACACUACCCCCGAGUGGGUGCUGUACAAUGAGUUUGUCCUUACCACUGCCAACUUUAUCCGAACGGUCACCGAAGUCCGACCCGAGUGGCUCCUCGAAUACGCCGCCGAAUACUUUGACCCCGAAUCGUUCCCUGCCAAUUCUGAAACCCGUCGCGCGUUGCAAAGAGUUUUGGACCGAAAGCUGGGCAAGGUCAGCUCGAGUGGGCACGGCAAGGAUAGGAAGGAAAAGAAGGAUAGGGACGGGAAGGAUAAGAAGAAGAAGAGGAAGGCGGAAUAG